UGUCUACUUGUGCGCCUGCGCUGUGACCUAGAAUGGGCGCAAGCGCUGAGCGGAACUGGCUGGUUUGAAAACCAUGGCGUGGGUACCAGCGGAGUCCGCAGUGGAAGAGUUGAUGCCUCGGCUAUUGCCGGUAGAGCCCUGCGACUUGACGGAAGGUUUCGAUCCCUCGGUACCCCCGAGGACGCCUCAGGAAUACCUGAGGCGGGUCCAGAUCGAAGCAGCUCAAUGUCCAGAUGUUGUGGUAGCUCAAAUUGACCCAAAGAAGUUGAAAAGGAAGCAAAGUGUGAAUAUUUCUCUUUCAGGAUGCCAACCCGCCCCUGAAGGUUAUUCCCCAACACUUCAAUGGCAACAGCAACAAGUGGCACAGUUUUCAACUGUUCGACAGAAUGUGAACAAACAUAGAAGUCACUGGAAAUCACAACAGUUGGAUAGUAAUGUGACCAUGCCAAAAUCUGAAGAUGAAGAAGGCUGGAAGAAAUUUUGUCUGGGUGAAAAGUUAUGUGCUGACGGGGCUGUUGGACCAGCCACAAAUGAAAGUCCUGGAAUAGAUUAUGUACAAGCAACAGUAACUAGUGUCUUGGAAUAUCUGAGUAAUUGGUUUGGAGAAAGAGACUUUACUCCGGAAUUGGGCAGAUGGCUUUAUGCUUUAUUGGCUUGUCUUGAAAAACCUUUAUUACCUGAGGCUCAUUCACUGAUUCGGCAGCUUGCAAGAAGGUGCUCCGAAGUGAGGCUCUUAGUGGAUAGCAAAGAUGAUGAGAGGGUUCCUGCUUUGAAUUUAUUAAUCUGCUUGGUUAGCAGGUAUUUUGACCAACGUGAUUUAGCUGAUGAGCCAUCUUGAUGUAGCUGAUCUCUCAGGGAUAGAAGAUAUUUCUCAUGAAGGCAGCCUAACUCUGAGGAAAGCAGUGCCAAUUCAAGUACAGAUUGCAACACAUCUUCAACACUAUGUGAAGGGUUCACAUCUUAACCUGUGCAAUUCAGAUUGAUACUCAGAAUAUAGGUUGUAUUGAUUUGAAUAUCUGAAAUAUCAAUGGAAAAUCCCACUCAAUUUUUGAUAAACAGUUUGAACAGUUUUCUGUAAUCAAGCAGCUUGCAUAGAAAUUGUAUGAUGAAAUUUUACAUAGGUUCUUGGUGCUGUUUUGUUCUUUUUUUGGUUUUUGUUGUUUUGUUAUUUCUUUAUAUACAUAGAAAAUUUUAUUGAAAAUAUGUUUUGGUUACUAAAAUUUUAUUUGAGUCCUAACAAAAGACAAUGGAUGGCCUUAGCAUCAGAAUUAAAAUAAUCUGGAUUAAAUGGCAAAUGUGUUCAUAGUCAGCAAUAAAAUUAAUCAAACAGUACUUUUUUUUUUUUUUGAGACGGAGUCUCACUCUGUCACCCAGGCUGGAGUGCAGUGGCAGGAUCUCAGCUCCCUGCAACCUCUGCCUCCCAGGUUCAAGUGAUUAGUGAUUCUCCUGCCCCAGGCUCCUGAGUAGCUGAGUCUACGGGCACCCGCCACCACACCUGGCUAAGUUUUGUGUAGAAACAGGGUUUCACCAUGUUGACCAGGCUGCUCUCAAACUCCUGACCUCAGGUGAUCCGCCCGCCUCAGCCUCCCAAAGUGCUGGGAUUAUAGGCAUGAGCCACCAUGCCUGGCCUCAAUACUUUUAUUUUUAAAUGCUUUAUUGCACAAACAGAACUUUAUCUAACAAAUCAUUUUCAAAAAUACUCUAACAGGUCAACUGUUUUAAUUUGUUUAUAUCACUUAUAAUUUAUCUAUUUCUGUAUCAGGUAGGAAUGUUUUCUGCUUUAAGUAACACAAAAGAUCCAAGUGGCAAUGGUUCUUCAAAUAGGGGUUUAUUUUUCUCAGAUAACAAGAAGUCUAAAGGAGCUGGCCACUGGCAUUGGUUUAGUGACUCAGUGAUAUCAAGGUCUCAGAUUCCUUUAGCCUUUCCGUCAUGGAAAUAAGAUGGCCAUUGCAGUUCAAGCCAAUGUGACUGCUGUAUUGAAGACAAAAAGAAGGGGAAGCAGGGCCUUCCACAUCUGAUCCUUUCCUCAUAAAUGUAAAACCUUUUCUAGAAAUUUAGAUCAGACUUGUGUUCAUCUACUAGCCGUAAAUGUACAACAUGAUCACCCCUUGUUCCCAGGAAAGUGGGAAAAUGAAAUUGUAAGCCUUUCCAAUCUCACUAAUGGAAGGUGGGAAAGCAAAAUGGGGAUUGGGAAUUACCAUGGAUGAGACAACCAACAGUUUUGCCACUAGUUAUAAUUAGAACAGAAGUCAUUUUAUAUUUGAAUCUUUUCUGUAAUGUCUUCAUAAAGCUCACUUUAUUAUUAUUUUUGUUUGUUUUUGAGACGAGUCUCACUCUGUUACCCAGGCUGGAGUGCAGUGAUGCAAUCUCGGCUCACUGCAACCUCUGCCUCCUGGAUUCAAGUGAUUCUCCCGCCUCAGCCUCGUGAGUAGCUGGGACUACAGGCAUGCACCACCACACCCAGCUAAAUUUUUUGUGUUUUUAGUAGAGACAGGGUUUCACCAUGUUGGUCAGGCUGGUCUCAGAUUCCUGACCUCAAAUGAUCCGCCCACCUUUGCCUCCCAAAGUGUUGGGAUUACAAGCAUGAGCCACUGUGCGCGGCCCAUAAAGCUCACUAUAAAAUUGCAGUCCUAAGUACUUAAAAA